UCAAAAGACUUCGACCUGCAUCUGUGGCCCCAGCCGACGUUAGCUUGAGUGAUUCGACACAAUAAAGCGCCACUCAUAAUGAUAAAAUUGCGGUGCUCUUGUCUUCCGCCGUCUCUUUCUAGCUCUUUUUUUGUCGUGAACCUUCCUGUCCUUACCUGCUACAGCAGGGGACGCCAGCUCUUUUGUAUAAUAAAAUUCGGUGCUGGAUAAACCCGCCGUUAUCUUGGAGCUUUUUUUUCUCUCGUACUACCCAUAUUACGUGAAAAAUGCUUUGCGAUCUUUUGUUCGCUGUCUGCUGUGGGUUGGACCCCGACUUGCUUUACACGCAAACAAUCCCGGAGAACAGAGGACCUGAGUUGAUGCUUGAAAUCCUGACCUACUUCUGCUACACCCACCACCAUACGCAGAACCGAGUCGGCAUGUGCCCCCGCGCUGGGCCAGCAGAGCGUUAUAUCAAAGUCGGUAUAAUAUGCGUAAUCUGAUUUCCUUUCCUCAUUGUAUAAGUACAAUUCGUCGAAACUGAAAGAUAGUGUCACUUUGUCACAGAGCCCGAGAACGCAGGUGUACUUGGUUAUUAUCAGAUAAAACCAAAAAAACAGGCAUGUCGGGAGACGACAAGUACAUGGUCAAAGGGCUGUUGACAAUGUUUCCGAUGCACGAAGAGCCGGUGAGUGCGCACGGGCUCUGGGAGAAGGUAAAGAAAACAUUUCGGGCCCCUGGUGCGACGACCAGUUCGGACUUUAUUUUGUUUCUUCACCAGGGCUUCGCCCCGUCUCCAGCUCUGCUUACUACUUCGUAUGAUUUUUUUCUGAAACAAGAGACCUCUCUUGCACCCAAACAACACAGUACAUUCGGGAUCUGUUCGAAUACGUGGGAAAAAAAGACAAGAAGUCCUGUCGCCUCCUGGAAGACGUGGUCAAAACGAUGGAUUCAGCGGUGCCGGAGGCGAAAACGCACUUGGGUUGUAAGUUUUGAUUAUUCCGUUGAUGAGUUCCACCAAAGAUGACGUUCUUCUCAUAGAGCCGGUAGGCAUGAUAAACCUAUGCUCAGCGGCGAGCUGUUGAUGAAUGACAAAUGCAAUCAUUUAUUUUCUCGCUUAUCACUUUCUUUCCGUAUACAUUUUUAUUUUUCCAUACAGGCGACGCCGCCUUUCGCGACCGCCACACUACUCCGAACCAGCACUACACUGAGAAAGAGUAUCUUGAGGAAGAACGCCUCCGCCCCACUAUCUGUGUACUACAGGAACAGGAGAUGUUAGCAUAGCACAAUCGGGCCAUCGCAGUGCUGCAAGUACCUAAAGUCAGCUGGUGCGGCCGUAUCACAGAUCGAUCAAUUUAUCCUGCUGGUAGCAUGACAAAUUUCAAAUUACCAUAUACAAAUUCCCUCAUGGGGUUACGCAUGCGAAACGUCUUGGGCCCGCAUCUUUGGAUGAUAAAGUUGGGGGGGGGAGGGGUUUUUGCAAAGGAUAGAGAGCAGGUAUUGUUCGCGCGAUGGUUAUAUCCACUACAAAUAUGUCUGCGUCUGGAAGGAUGCGACUUGUCAUGGUGCCUUUAGAUCAUGUGCGAUAAAAUCCGUAUUUGCUACCCGGAGAGGGCAUUUCUCAUGCGGUAAAAGCAUCAGAAAGCCUUCGCAGAGUCUGUGAUGCUAGGGCUUGCAUCAUGAAAGUCAUCGGUCAUGGAAACUAUGCAUGACAAACCUGGCAUUUCUCCAGACCCAGACAUAUUUGCAAUGCAUAGGCUGGAGGUCGGCUGCAAGGCUCUGCAGGACGCCAAGAAGAAUAACCAACGCAAAAAUGUCUGGGUCGGGAAGUAGAUCUUGCGUAUUUGUCAUGCCUCUUUAUUUGGAUGAUGCAAAGCCGGUUAUCCGUGUUUUUCUCCUACCCCAUCAUGCAUCUUCAAUACGGGGGAGGGUUCGCUUUUUGUGCAGCAGUAAGUGGGCAAUUCGUAGGCGGCACACUCACGCUGCAACACAAAUUUUCAUGUGACCCAGCGUUCGCAUUGCAAGCUUGCAUUUUGGUUCCAAGCCCAGACAGAUUUGCGGUGGAUAAGGACCAUGAAUGGACCGAACGCGGGUGCGAGAUUCAAACCUAUCAAUUGCAAAAAUGUCUGGGUCUGUAAGAUUUCUAGAUUUGUCAUGCAUAUUUUCCAUGACCCAUGAUGUCUGUGAUGCGUGCCGUAGCAUCACAGAUUUUUACAGCGCUUUGCAAUACCUCUACAGCAUGGGAACCCUCUCCGCAUGGCACAAACUGGAGUCCUCUUGCUGGUCAUGCAAUACAAAUUUUUUCGGAAUCCAGAGACAGUGUCACAAGUUUAGAAUGUUCCAGACCCAGACAUUUUUGCAUUUGAUAAAACCUGUGCGUUAAGUACCAAAUUCCAGACACGCCCGCGGGAUUCUAUGAAAACUACGACCCGAUGAAGUAUAUGACCUUUAGUCCUAACUAAACUCGAAGCACGUGAGAACAAGAGCUUCCUUUGAGUCCACUGUGUCGUGCUGUUUCCCGUUAUUACACUGAACAUAAAACUCUUUACUUUUUGUUGUUUCAAAGAACACUGCUCUUACUUCGAAUUAAUCGGUUGAAACGUGGUGAAAAAAUUUUAACAGGGUUGCUGAACUUUUAAGAAAGCUGCUGAACUUUUAACAGAGUUGCUGAACUGUUUUAACAGAUGAAAUGCUGAACUUUUACCAGCGACGUGAUGUAGUUCCGAUGACUUCGCUGCAGGGGCUAAUUGAAAAUUGCUGAGGUAGACAAAACCAAGAAACUUCAGAUAUUCAGAGCUGUCUUGCAAAAAGACCCGACGAAGCAAACCCUCGUACGCGAGAAAGAACCUACUUGUUUCACAAUUGUGUGCGCUAAAGAAACUAU